GAUAAGCGGAUUAAAAUGACAGAAAUAAGUAACCAAAUAUGCUCUAAGAAUCCGAAAUAAUAACAAACAAGCAAACGUGCUGCGAGGGACUUCAUUUUAGAAUUUGAUGUAAUUUAUUACUGGUGUUUUAUACUCUGAUAUUAAAUAAGUAUCUUUCAGAUACUGUUAACUAUGAUGGAAUUAGAAACAAAAGAAAGUGGUGAUGAGAUGGAUGCUGAUAUUGAAUCUGGCGGUGAAUCUUUAUCUGAUGAUGAAUUGCUGGGCGAUGAUGAUGACAACAAUAGAAAUGUUUCUGGAAACAUGGCUUGGGCAAAGGCAAUGCAAAAUGUUUUAAGCACAACUCCUAGAACUGAAAACUUUAUUCUUAGCAAAGCAAAAAGAGACUCAGAUAUAAAAAAGAAAAAAGUGAAAGAUAUUGAAUUUGUUGACUCAUCUGGCAAAGUGGUUGAACAGGAUUCACAAGUUAAACAAGAAAAAAGCUACAAAGAAAUGAGAAGGGCUAAAUUAGAUAAUCAGAAAAAGAAAGCAGAAUGGGAAGCCAUGUGUCGAGUAAAACCAGAUGUUACAAAGAAAGAAAAGGAAAAGGAAUUCAUUAAAAUAGCAACUAGAGGAGUUGUUCAUUUGUUUAAUGCAGUUGGAGACCAUCAAAAAACGGUGAAAAAUAAUAAGAAAAGUGCUCGAAAGAAUGAAAAGAUAAAUGUUGUCAAAGGCACUUUUAUGGACAUUCUGAAGCAACAUUCUAAGCAAGACAAAAAAGCAGAGAGUGAAGUGGAGAAGGCAAAAAAAGAAGAGACUUGGAGUAUAUUAAAAGAUGAUUUCAUGAUGGGUGCUGAAAUGAAAGACUGGGAUAAAGAGAGUGAUGAUGAAACUUAAACUGAUAUGUUUAAUGUCUGUGUUAUAUUUUAAUAAAACAAAAAAAAGGUUUUUCA